AAGAAGAAGAACAAGAAGAAGAAGAAGAAAAUGAAAUUUGACGUAACUUACGUCUACUGUCGCGCACAAGUGACGUAGCAGAAGGGUCACGUUUGUAGCACACGCGGAUAUCAACACCAACCAACCACUUCACAUACGAGGUAACAUGGCGAAGAAUAAACAGAAGGGGAAGAAACAGAAGAACGUCUUUCAAGUGGCAAACAAGCACUUGAAGCACAAGAACAAAGCCAAACCUGUCACAACAACACUCAAACACAUCAAUGCGGUGAAAAAUGAGAAGGUGGAGAGCCUCAAUCAAAUCUUCACAGAGGUCCAGAGGGAUUGUAAAAGCGUUUCAAAGUCUGUUGCUCCUGAGCCAAAGAAACAAACACAGGUUGUCAGGGUGCCACCGAAGGAAUCUGUAAAUGUUGACAGCGCUGCCCAACUCUUCUCUCAGCUAUGACGGACCAGGAGAGAAGGACUAUGACUGAGGGAUCUGCGUCUCUGUGCUCGUGUUCAGUUGUUGAAAUAAAGUCUCAGAGCAGCUGCAGAAAUACAUCUCGUGCCGAAACACAGACUGCAGAAGAGUGUAGAACGAGAAGAGGCUGCAGUCGUGGCAUGAUGGUAAAAUGUUUGUGUAUAAUUUAAGCACCCUGUAUUUUCUGUGCAGAGAAAUGUUAUCACUUUUGUCACAGUUGUGAUGUUGUUUCAGGAAGAUAGGAUAUUUCGUUUGUUCUUAUCUUUAGUGUGGAAAUGGUUGCUUUCUCUCUGGAUUGCAACUAAACAUUAUUUUCAUUAUUAAUUGAUGUGCUUUUUAUCUUCUUGAUUAAUUGAUUAUUAUUGUUAUUUUCUUUAUGAAAUAUCAGAAAAUAGUUUAAAAAAAAUGCGAAUGUUUUGCUUGAAAUGUAGCAACAAAAAAAAAGAUUAAUAAAUUAACAAAAUAGUUGCCAAGUAUAUUCUUCUUGAGUCUGUAUGUAGUGAAAAGUAAUUUAUAAAAGUUAUUUUAACCCUG